GGACACCAGUCGCAGAAGAUGUCUGCCUUACCUGGAAAUAUAUUAGAGAAGCAGUACUGGCAGGAGCCAACAGGAGAGUCGAAACAAUCUCGGCUUUCCCGUGCAGCACGAUGGUUUCUUGACAUAGUACGGCCGUCUGUUCUAACGAAGGGCCGGCGGAAGCAGAUGGGACGGACAAGCUAUCUCGAUGGCUUAAGAGGAUUUGCGGCCCUGUUGGUUUAUAUCGGCCACCACGAGCUCUGGGCUCACGACGCAGCAACCCAGAACCCCAUAUUCGAGAAUGCGUUCGGAUACAAUAACAAACACCACUUUAUCGCCCUACCUGGGGUAAGGACAUUCUUCUCCGGCGGCCAUUUUGCUGUCAGCGUAUUCUUCGUUCUCUCGGGCUACGUGCUGUCGGUGAAAGCUCUUAGCUUGAUACACGCAGGCGACUAUAUCAAGCUUGGAGAUACCCUAGCCUCCGCCCUAUUCCGACGAUGGCUACGACUAUACCUACCCGUCAUAGGAACCACCUUCAUAUACAUGACAAUAUGGCAUCUGUUUGGAAUAACAGCAGUUCCCGAUCCGCAGGGGAGCUACAGAGAUGAGCUGUGGAAAUGGUAUUGCGAGAUGAAGAACUUCAGCUUCAUCUACAGGACCGGGGGAGAGCCCUGGUUCCAUUACAACUUCCACGCGUGGUCGAUUCCGGUCGAGUUCAAGGGCUCGAUCGUCAUCUACACUGCUCUUCUAGCGUUUUCGAAGGCGUCAAGGAACGCUCGCCUGCUGUGCGAGAUUGGACUGUUUGUCUACUUCAUGUACAUUGCAGACGGUGCGCUGUGCGCCAUGUUUGUUGCCGGCAUGCACCUCUCCGACCUCGACCUCCUCGCCGAGGGUAACAACCUCCCAAAAUUCUUCUAUCGCCUCCAACCGUACAAGGACACGAUAUUUUACAGCCUUUUCGUGAUCAGCAUGUAUCUUGGCGGCUGUCCGUCCCACAGCUUCGACGCUGCGCUGCUCAAGGACUCGCCCGGCUGGAACUGGCUCUCCUACCUGAAGCCACAGGCGGUCUUUGAUUUCAAAUGGUUCUACCUCUUCUGGGCCGCCGUCUUCCUCGUCUCCUCUAUUUCGCGCAUCCGCCCUCUGCAGAGCUUCUUCGAGCUUCGAUUCAACCAGUAUCUCGGUCGCGUCUCCUUCGCCCUCUACCUCGUCCACGGGCCUGUCCUCUGGAUUCUGGGCGACCGCCUGUACUCCGCAGUGGGCUGGGUGAAGGAUUCACACCACAAAACAAUCCCCGGCUGGAUCAACCGGUUCCCUUUGCCCACCGAUGGACCACUGGGCCUCGAAGUUGGCUUCCUUGCUCCACAAUUUAUUCUCCUUCCGCUCACCCUCUGGCUAGCGGAGAUUGUCACCAAGCUUUUUGACGGACCCAGUGUCAAGUUUGCACAGUGGGCGUAUUCCAAGACCCUGCCGCCAUCCGCCAAAGCGAUGUGA